AUGGAAUUUGAAGAAAAUCAGACAAUAAUCACUGAGUUUUGGCUUCAAGGUUUCCAAUGUGGCUCUCAAUACAAGAUCUUCCUUUUCCUACUGUUCCUGAUAACCUAUGCUGCAACAAUAGCUGGAAAUGCUUUGAUUAUUAAAUUGGUAAUUGUGAGUCCUGAGCUUUGGUCACCUAUGUAUUUCUUCCUUAGUCACCUCUCUGUAGAUGAAAUCUUGUUCACUACCAAUAUAACACCCAACAUGCUAAACUCACUGCUGAGAGAAGAUGGUUCCAUAUCUAUUGAGGGAUGUUUUGUUCAGAUAUUUCUUUUUGGCUCUUUUACUGUGACAGAAUGUUUCCUUCUUGUAAUAAUGUCCUAUGAUCGUUACCUUGCAAUCUGCGUCCCAUUAAAUUACCACUCUCUCAUGAACCAGAAAACUUGCAAUCAACUUUCUAUUGGUGCAUGGAUGGGAGGUCUUACUAUAUCGGUAGCUUCCUGUUUCUUUAUUUUUCUUCUCCAAUUCUGCGGCUUAAAUGUCAUUGACCAUUUCUUCUGUGAUUUUACACUGGUUUUGCAAAAAUCUUGUACUGAUACUUACAUGAUAGAAACAGAAAUACGAAUAUUUUCUAUACUUGUGAUUCUACCAAUAUUUUUGUUUAUCUGCUUAACUUAUAUUUAUAUUAUAUUCACUAUACUUAAAAUUCCUACUAAUACAGGGAAACAGAAAGGCUUUUCCACCUGCAGCUCACAUUUAACUGUUGUGUUUAUGUAUUAUGGGACCCUUAUUGCUGUUUAUGUAGCACCAGCAAAGGGACAUCCAUACAAACUCAAUAAAAUACUUUCAUUGCUCUACACUGUAGCUACUCCUUUGCUCAACCCAUUGAUUUACAGUCUAAGGAAUAAAACAAUAAAAUGUGUACUUGACAAUGCUAUUAAAAAACAAUUAUGGGACGGGGGGCGGAGCCGGCCGCAGUUGAAGAUGGCUGCUUAA